UACCAAAUAACAUGUACGAACAAUAACUAGUCUAAAACUCUCCAGAAUUCAAAGUAAACAAGCGAUAUUUUUUCUUUUUCGCGGAUUAUGACGCGCCAAAAUGUUGAUCUCAGUGAAACGGUUGCGGGCGAGGAUAAAAACGAAAGCCUAUCAUUGUUUACGUUGUGGCGCGAAAACAGCUACCUUCAUAUUUUGGGCCACAUUGUACAUGAUAGUCAUGAAAAUGACAAUUUUCAAGAGCAACACCACAACUGUACCGGUGAAGGAUUGGGCGAUACCACCUGAUAAUUACACCAAAUGGAUGUUUCAGGGUCCAGUUAUAGGCGAUGACGAGCCUGAGACGGAUUCGAAUCAGAACCAAUGGUUGGAGCCAGACAACAUAACGGUCCAAGAACUAGAGCAACGCGUUAUUAGAGUACAGAAUGUUUGUCGUAAACGACACCUGCCUUCGGAUACAAUAAAUAACAAGGAAUUCUUUGUAGAUCACCUGCAUAAUCUCGUGUGGUGUAAUGUUUUUAAAGCUGCCAGUUCCUCUUGGUUAUACAAAUUCAACAUUCUAGGCGGUUACGAUAGGAAAUUUUUGGGAAGAACAAGGCAAACGCCUCUGAUGCUGGCAAGAAAAAAGUUUCCACGUCCAAAUGCCGAAGAAUUGAAGGACUCUAUAAACACGCCCGGCGUCAUUUCUUUAAUGAUAGUUCGCGAGCCGUUCGUUCGUCUCCUGUCAGCGUAUCGGGAUAAAUUAGAGAACAUAACUCCGCCAUAUUACAGAAAACUAGCGAGGGCCAUCGUGGCCAGGCACAGGGAAGAUGCAACAAAAAUCCUUGGACCAAUAAAAAGUUUCGGACCUACGUUUUACGAAUUCGUAGCUUAUUUGAUACAUAAACAUAAGGAAAAAGAUGAAAAAUUUACUUUUGAUGAGCACUGGGCGCCGUAUUAUCAGUUUUGCUCUCCGUGCGCAGUUAAUUUUACAGUAAUCGGUAAAGUGGAAACUCUUAAAAGGGACUCUGCGUAUGUGAUACAACAACUAGGUCUCGGACAUUUGUUAGGUCGAACCACAGGGGAUAAGCGGACGAGACUUCGCACAGUGAUGAACAAAUCAAGAGACGGAAAGAACACGACAUCUUUAAUGAAAUAUUACUUUAGUCAACUAAACGAAAAUUUGCUUAAAGAUCUCUUGAAUAUUUACGGUAUAGAUUUCGAAAUGUUUGGAUAUGAUCCAAAUGUGUAUCAAAGUUACGUUAGAAAAUAAAUAUUGAUGUUUAAA